GUCACGUGAUUGUCAGCACCUUGGACAGCAGCAGCCUCCAUCAGCCCGCUGCUGCCUCCGGCUCUUAUUAGAGCUCAUCUCUGCUUCUCUCGGCUGCACACACAGAGGGAAGGAUGUUUUCAAAGAAAUUUGCAGACCUUCAUUCUGCAGACACAAAAGUCCGUAAAGGUGCCCACGCGUUAACAACUUACAAUUGAGGUCAACUUUGAGAAUCCUGGAAGUCUUGAACUCAUCGACCUGAGGCGUGUUGUGUUGUCUCACUAACUUAUGUGGGCCGUGGUGAAGAGAUGAGGAUGAGGAUGAAGAUGAUGAUGACGAUGGCAAUGGCAAUGAUGUUGAUGAUGAUAAUGAAAAGGUGGGACUGUAUUUGACAGCCAAGAAGCAAAGGACGAAUGUUUGGUGGGCUCAUAUCCUCCCUCUUCUUGAUUUACGGCGCAAAGAUGGUCGAAUAAAGAAGAAAACCGACGCCUCGCUGGUCGUCGUGAAAUGGGCUUUUUUAUUUUUAACUGCUCUUUGUGGAACCUAAAUCCAGUUUGUGGGAUCCAUGUCCGCCAUUGAGCACCGCUGAGUUGUAACUUUUUGACCGGGUUGCCGGUACAAGGUGUGGGACACAACCAGUUUUGUCCAAAAUCAGCAAUAAAUGAGCGGCGAACUGAUGGACGCCACCGCGAGACAACAAAGGACGCUCGUUUUUCAUCUCUAGUAAGUCUAGCUUCGUGUUGGCAAACAAGAAAAUGGAGAUGGACAAUCGUAUUUGACAUUUAUCUUCUGAAGUAGUCGGUGCCAAACUCCCUUCUCCUCCUCCAUCACCGUGGCUGCUGCCAUCAACCACAUCGGCGGUUUGCCUCUCAGACAGCUCGUGCUGCAUCCAUCUAAGGAUCGUGUAAGCUAUUAACUAAUAACUGGCAUGAACAUGUAGACAUGGGAGGAUGUUAUUGGACCCCUGGGACUCAAACGUUGGUGCUUCACACUAUAUGGUUUACAGCCUCCAUUGAAUCUCGAAAGAAAACGCCUCUGUCAAUGAAAAAUAAUCCCUCCCCAUUGGCUGGAUGGAGGUGCACAUGCUAUAACAACAGGAUAUGCAAAGAGCUAUGGGCUGAUCUAGUAGCCUAUCGUGUUUCUCGCAUGCUUUUUUGACCGAGAUCUGUGUUUCACCCAAGAGAUCUUCUAAUACAAAAUGGUUUUGAUGUCAUAGCAAUAAUAUAGUAAUCUAUAACAUAAUCAUCAAUACCUAGGAAUUUAUGAUUGACCUGCUACAGUCAAGCUGAAGACUGUUUCUUGGAGCAGCUGCAAAAGAAUGUUCAAGUAUCGGAUCCGGAUGUUUUUCAAUGAACUCAAAGUGCUGGUUCUGAUGAGAUCUGGAUCCAACAGGAGGACUGCCACAGGCACAGACCCAGACACGCAGACCAGAAUGAGAGGGCUGGCCAUGGGGGGCUGUGGUUGUUCUCCCCUAAACUGCUCUCACCGGGACGAUGAGGAGGAGUAUUACGGCUCUGACCCUCGGCCACGCAGCAUGGCUCUUGAGGAGGAAGCCAAACCUCAGGGAGAAGGAGCAGGAGGGGGAGGCCUGGAGGCAGCUUCCCUCCCGAGUCUAUCAGAGUGUGGGAUGCGAACCCCACAGUGCCGCAUCUGUUUCCAGGGGCCAGAGAAGGUAAAGUUUUGGUCCUCGAGGAACCUUCAGACACUUUAGAACCUCAGGUGCUCACAUGUUCUCAAAGCCUAAAACCAUGUGGUGCUCAGCCAGGGGGAAGUGAGUUCAAGCAGGUCAGCACCAGGGCAAGCUCAUCACUGCUGUUGUAGCCCAUAACAUGAAACAAGGUGAAUGAUUUGAGUUUCAGGAUAUGUUAUAUAAUUUUAUUUUAUUUUAUAGUCUAUCUACAAAUAGAGACUUGAAGUCAACAGUUCAGAACCAGCCCUCUGUUUCACCUUUGUCAGUCAGUGUCUGGCUUAUUAGUUCAGGCUUUGAGUUAUAAAGCUCAUGACCAUGUUAGGGCAUGUUACAUCACCAUUCACCAUCAAGGUUAUCUUCUUAGUUAUUGUAGAACUUCUUCAGAGCAACAGAAGACUAUGUGUAACCCUAUUCUUAACUGAGUCGUAGUCCCCAUAACAAGUAUCCAAACUGUUUAUGUAAAAUUGAUGAAGUGCCUCUAUAAGUAGCUUUCAGAGUGCUACCUGAUAUUGAUUACACAAAGGGUAAGAAAACUUUUUCAAAUUUAUGAUCCAGUGUGUUGUUAGGUAUUGGAAUAAAAUUGAAAACACCUUUUAUUUAGAGUUUGCAGCCAAGCAAAGGAUGAGCCAAGUCACUGUCUCUGUUUCCUUUAGUGUAAUGAGCAAGGUACACAACUUUGAACAUCUACAACCCAAGAACUUUGUUUUGUUCAUUGUGGGUACAAUCGAUGACAGAAGACUUAAUUAUAAGUAGAAAUUCUUGAUGCCGUCUAAAGAAAUUAUGAAAACUUUGCAAAUUAAAAUUGAUACUAAUGCCUCCAUAUGACCAAGAGAAGUAAACAAGGUCACCAGCCCCAAAACAGACAACUUCACAUUUUUGUACAUUUUUGUCUUCAAGUGGCGCCAAACAUCAGGCAACUCAAAAGUUCCUCACAAUUAGGGAUGGGAAUCGAGAACCGGUUCGUGUUGAGAACCGGUUCCAAAUGGUUCAAUCCAUAGAUAUUGUUUACAUUUCAUCUUAACGAUUCCCUUAAUGAUUCCUUUCUUCUGGUCGUCAGCAGCUGCUGCUCCGUCCCAGCAACAGCAUGGAAGGUACGAAUGUCCUGUGUUAACAUGAGCACAAUGCAUGCCAGACUUGGACUAACUGAGUUAGAAGUGCAAAAAACCCUCUACAUUUUGCGCGCGACUCCGCUGAGUAAUGUCUUCUUUUUGGGGAUCCAGAAUAUGGUCACCCUAAUUCGACUUAAUACCGAAUGAAGUUAACGCUGUACUAAUAGUUUGUUGUUUGAUUGUUUUUAGACUGCUGUUAUCAGAGACUCAAAACAACUUUGAGUUAACGGUGAAAACCUAUAGUCUACUUUUUAAAUCAAAGAGAGGCAUUGAUAAGGGAAUCGUUAGAGAAUUUAAUCGAUAAGCAGAAUCAAUAGUGGCAUCAAUAUCAACAAAAUCUUUUCGAUUCCCAUCCCUACUCACAAUAGCUUUGAUUAUCUUUUUUCUUUUACUGGUACCUAUUCUCUGUAAAGAAAAGAUAUACCUCAUAUCAAAUCAAUACCAAUCUGUUUUAAAUUGGUGUUGGUGGCAUUAAAUUAAAUGCUCAGACUUGAAGGAGAAUUACAGAGUGACUUUGACUCUAAAGAAGAGAUCCAAACUAUCAACAGUGGUCUUAAAAUAGCAGUGAGCAGGCAGAGGGCAUCAGUUUGGAAAAGGCUGGGGAGCAGAAGUAGUUUUUUAUUUACCCUGCAAAACAGUGAAAUUCUACCCACAGAAUCAGCCUCAGCAUCUGAUGCAGGAAAAAUAGGUCAUUUGAAAAAAGAGAAAAGAUUGUUUCUGGGAAUGAUUCCUCAACAUCAAAGAUGUUUGUGUUUAUUUUUCAGAGGGAUUUAAAUGUGUGUGUGUGUGUGUGUGGGGGGGGGGGGGGCAGUACGGUUCAACAUUUUGCAGAGGAUCACUCAGAAUCUGUUAUUACAGGAAUCAAACCUUCAGUCAUACCCUUAUAUGACAGGAAGGUAACACAAAGUACAGCACAAGCGUCCUACACCGAGUACAUCAGGCUUUGUUUGUCUUGCGUCAUUCCUUUCAAACACACAGAGGUCUGAAGUAAACACAUCAAAACUUUUUGACAAAAUCAACCUUGAAGAGUCAGACUUUGCUGGACGUCUCCAAGUUUUUCCCUCUCCUCCAGAUAUCGGACUAAUUAAAGAGAGCACAUCACCUAGAGUCAGAUGAGAAAUAAAGUGAGAUGUGCGAGUGUUGUCAGUACGGGGGCCUCUGGGAGUCUCACUCUGACAACAAAAACCUGAGCCAGAUGUCCUGUGAUUUCUUUUGAGGCUACAGCAAAGUGACAGGGGAGGAGCAAAACUGUACCCAAAUGAAGGCAUUUAGCUGCGGAUUAUCAACUAGAGAGUAAACUCAUUUUAUUGCAUUUUGUUUCAUGUAUUGAGAACCUGGAGCACGAGAUGAAAAUGUGUUUAUAAUGGCAGGUGAUUUACAUGGAAAUGCCUAAAUUAUCUCCUCGUGAUAGCUAGAAAAGCUAUUUUUAACUCUUAUUUUUUCUUAUUUUAACUAUUUCUGCAAGGGCUCAACAUUGCUCCAGGUCUGUUAUUGUAAGUGUUAAUGUGGCAACCAGACAGUUUAUCUCAAAGUCUUCCCUUACAUAGAUACGGCUUUGUAAACUACUGAUGGAGACAACUGAAGACUAUCAAACCAGUUAUGCAUAUUUAUGCAUCACUGAUUAACAGUGAGAAUUUUUUGUUCCAUGUUAAUAUGAAAGCGCUUCUUAUGGAGCUAGUUUUAGUGCAUGUUAACAGAAUAUAAUAGAUAUAUAAAACAAACAGACUAGUGUCCUACAUUUUUGUGAAUUGAAGCACCCCUUUGUUCCAGUGAAUUCAAAAGAACAAUAUAAACAGCAGUGAGCCGGCAGUGAAAGAAGAUACUAAGUGUAGCAGAGAUGUAGAAGCUUAGAUCUCAACACCUGAGAUUUAGUUUACAACCAGAAACAAAGCUUGUAGAGGAAAAACAGUGACUGGAGAUGACAAUCAGCUCCAUCACACUUCAACUGAAACAAGAACUGAGUAGGAUUUUAUCUGAAUGAGAAAGAAACAGACAGGAAGGAUAUGUAAGCACAAAAAGCUGAGGAAGAUGUACAGUAGAUCACCAAGAAAGCAAAAAAAGCACUGCUGUGUUAUUCUCAGUGUAUCAUGGAAGAACUGUGUUAUAAAAGUAAUCCCAUUCAAGCUCAGCUUGAAUGGUAAUGCUCUUUAUUAUGCAAAUAAAUCACAGUUAGAUGUUAUCAUACAUAAUUAACAGCUUUUCAUUGGUAUUCAGCGUCACUUAAAUCCUUUUCUCUCUCAGAUUUGAAAAUGAAAUCCUACCAGUCACAAAAAAAGAAUGAUAAUCGAACAAAUAGGCUAAUAUUAUAGUUUAAUUCAAAAUAUGUUGAUGUUGUAUAAUGACUACAACAAUAAAAGUUAAAGCCAAUAAUCUUGAGUGUUGAACACUUUUAUUUUACUGUUGUCUGUAGUAGCAGUCGCUGGUUAAACUCCUGUUAUCCUGUCCAUGACCCUUUGCCACACCUCUUCCUACAUUUACUCCCUGCUCCCCUCAUUUUCUGUGUUUCUUCAAAUGUGUUAUCAAAAAAGACAAGAAAAACAGAGUACUUUAAAAUGAACCAACUUUACCUUGCCUUUUUGUUGUAUUUGCUCUAAUAGUCCCUCAAAAUUACAUUUACAACAUCAUGACAUCUUUUCUUUGUUAAUAUAGAGAGUUUUAUAUAGUAAAACUGCAGGGGCUGGGGCUUUCCAAAAGUGUCAUGUCAAAGGUCUUGAUCAUUUUUAUGUUCUCUUUACCCGGUCAAAUCUUGUAAUAAGCAGAAUCAACAAAGGUUUUAACAUCUAUAGUACCCUCUGUGUAUGAUGUGUGUCAGUUGCAGCUGAGUUUUGUGUCCUCUAGGGAGAGCUGUUGAGCCCUUGUCGCUGUGCUGGCUCUGUGCGCUGCACUCACCAGUCCUGCCUUAUCCGCUGGAUCAGUGAGAGAGGCUCCUGGAGCUGUGAGCUCUGCUACUUCAAGUACCAGGUCUUAGCCAUCAGCACCAAAAACCCUCUUCAGGUACAGACCCUAACAAAAUGUCUUCCUGUCUCUGUGGCCACUUUCAAAAUUCACUUUGGAAACCAGGUUCAUUGUGUUUCAAUAUUGAUAAGUCACAUUAAUAAUCAUUGAUCAUUAAGGGAAUUUUGUGGCAUUUUCUUCCACAGUACAGCUGUUUCAGUCUUAGUGAAAUGGUUCUGGUUCAGUCUUAGUGAUUCAGUCCCAAAAGAAGCUCAUCAGCUCCAGAUUGCUGUCAGAAGAAAGAUAGCAAGUUGCUCAUUUCAGAGCUAUUUAGUUUUACAUGGACAAAUGGAGGGGAAGAAAGUGAAGCCAGGCAGGGACACAUUUUGAAUACUGGCAUGAGUCUACCAGGUGAAUAGCUUCUUCCUGCAGAUGUUGUGUCUGAAUCUACUCUGAGUUGUUGUUGGUCUUCAUUACUGUUAACGUAUGUUGAAAUAUGCAGAGCCAGAAAACUGAUGUUUUUUAAGAGAGACACACAAUACAUCAUAAUAGAGACAAAUGAUAAAGUAUGAUACAAGACAACUUGACACAAUGUGUUACUAUAUGAUAUGAUACAAUGAAAUACAUUGUAGUACUAUCUAAUACAGAAAAAUAUGAUUUAGUAUGGUGUGGUUUAUGAUACAAUGCGGUAUGUUGGAAUACAGUACAAUAUAACAAGGCUUGCAGCGAUGCUACAGAACUUAACUACAGAAAACCACUUGAUAUGCACAUGGUGAGAAGAAGUUAAAUCUCUCUGGAGGGACACUUUUUAAAAAAUAACUUGACUAACAUUUGAAGUAAACCUCACUCUAAUGAAAUAUCUUACAAGUUUAAAUUAAAUAGAAAUGUACAUAGACUGUAAUGUUUCACUUCAUGUUUUUCUCUCUCCCCAGUGGCAGGCCAUCUCUCUGACAGUGAUUGAGAAGGUGCAGAUCGCAGCCAUUAUCCUUGGCUCUUUGUUCCUCAUUGCUAGUAUCUCCUGGUUAGUGUGGUCAUCACUCAGUCCUUCAGCUAGAUGGCAGCGGCAGGACCUUCUCUUCCAGAUCUGCUAUGGCAUGUACGGCUUCAUGGACAUGGUUUGUAUAGGUGAGACUCAUGCACUGAGGUUGCAAUGUUGUGAUCCGUCUCAAGCCUCAAAUGAUUUUGAUUAGACACUUCCAGAGUAUUUAUUCAAAUUGAUUAAUUUUCCUUUAAAACAAUGAGAAUACCUUACACAUGACUUAAAGAAUAUAUUCAGUUUUUCAUUACUUUAAUUAAAUAUGUAACAUUCAUUGUUUUCUAGGGCGUACUUGAGUAAGAAUAUAACACAUCAGCUUUCCAAUAAUCAAUCAGUUAUACAAAACAUCAUAUAGGUCCAAAUACAGCAAUCCUUGGAGGGGAAAAUCUCUGAAAUCUUUCCUAUCAUUAGCACCAUAUUAAAAAGUACUCAGGAAACUAGCAUGGAAAUCAUGAGUGCAUUUAAGAUCUUUGAAUAAAGUGUUACUAAUUUGGUGUCUUAUGAACACGUCCAUUACUCACCUUAUUAACAAGAUUAACAGGCUGCAGUCCUGCAGGCAUCUCCGUGAGGCUGAACUUUGACACAGCUCCAUGUCAGCAUGUUAACGUGUUAACAAUUAUUACAUCAACACCCUGGCGCUAACCAAGCACUCAGUGUACAGUAAAUAUGAUCAAACUGAGUUCAGUUUGAAGGGAUGGUCAUGAGUACUGCAGGUUAAAGUGAUGAUGAUGAUGAGGAUCUGGAAUAGUCAGGGAGCAUUGCAGAUAAAACAUUUGAUCCUAAUGCCAAAUUAGAUUGUAUUAGUAAAGAAUUAAACAGUGGAAAAUGUAAUUAAAACGACAGAUGCGAACCCCUAUUGAUGAACUUUAAAAACAUGAGUUCAUUGAUCAAAGCAGAUCUUUAUAUUGAACCAUGGAUUCAGUGGGACAUUUGACAUUUGACCAGACAUUUCACUGAAAAAGUAAAGGUGCUGGAUGUGCUAUCGAAGUGAAAGGUCAGGUGGGUUUGUUCACAUUUUCAUCACAAUCCAUUGAGUUGUUUUUGAAAAGGUUUAGUCAAACUAAAACUGUUUUCAGUAUAGACCUGUGCAGCUAAUGUGGUAAAGGGGAAAAAAACACUUCAUAAGCAGCCACGUGAACAUCACAACAGAAAUGAAGUAAUGCAUCUAUUUGGUGCCAGAGUAUUUGCUCUUGCCUCUUAAUUUGUUGUAAAAGAAUUGUAUCUAUCACAUGUUUCUCCAACAAACAUGAGUCCAAAACACAAACAAACAAGUGUUCUUAAUGUAAUCUUUUUAUUUUUGAGUACAUAUAGUUCGUAUUAACUGUGCCCCUCUUGUACCCUUUUAGUAUUUCCUGAUUCUCAUUCAAACAAACAAGUGUUUGUCUAUAUGUAACCUUGUUUCCUGCCCCCAACCUCCCCCGUCUUUUGUCCUUUAUGCCCAGGCCUUAUAAUCCAUGAAGGAUCGUCUGUUUACCGGAUCUUUAAGCGCUGGCAGGCUGUGAACCAGCAGUGGAAAGUGCUGAAUUAUGAGAAAGCGAAGGACUUGGGUGACCCCAUCAGCUUGAGCGGUAAAACUGGUCGUGUAGAGAGAAGCUCUUCUCACAGCAUCAGAGGCAGUGCACGGAGGACGAGCCGACAUGUCAGGACUAUUCUUCAUCACCAUUGUGGCUACACUAUUCUGCACAUCCUCAGCCAGUUAAGACCCAACAACCUGCACAGUGCCAACCAAGAGGUGGUCAUGAGGGUGACCACAGUAUGAGGCUGGCUCACAGACAGAAGUGCUCUAAUGCAAAGAAGGAGAUCACAGUGUUGAUUGGGAUUUAUGAAAAAAUAAUCCUAAUCUCCCACAGUAACACUGCCAAUAAAUUUGUAGUCUUAAUUUUCAUUGCAUAUUCUCCCUGAGCCAAAAUGCACAAUGAAAGAUGUAGAACUUUGCAGAUUUGAUUGAGUUUUUAAAGACCAUGAAAAUAUGACACAAAAUGAAAACAACUUUAGAUUCAGAGCUUUUCUAAAGAAACAAACAUUUUUGAACACUGUAAUAGUUUUACAAGAUGUCGAAGUGAAAAAAUGAAUCAUAUGAAAAGAGUUUGAUUGCGGAAAUAGUUGUAUGUCUUCUAAUGUGAGAACCACAAUAAACUCCAGCCUGCGUCUUAAAUUAUUCACAAUGUUUUUGAGGUUUAACCAUAAUAUAGCAAAUUUUAACUUGGACUACAAAUUCGUUAGACUUAUCUGUAAAAAAAAAACAAAAAACCUUGAAAUACAAAACCCAUUUUUUUAAUAAAGAAUUUGUUGAUAUCAAAGCAAAACUUGUG